GUCAGGGAUCCCGUGGCGUCCCCACCGCGCGCCGCCCGCGCCGACGAGUGGUGGUGCUCCGCUGCUCUCCGCUGCUGCUCCUCCGCGCCCGCCCGGGUCUCACCGCCGCCGCGCCCAGCAGCACCGCCUCACGGCCGCGUCUCGACGCGCCCGCCCCGCCGCGCCGCGCCCGCAGUACGCCGUCGUGGUCGGCCCGCCCCGGAGGUGUCCAGAGCCGCUGGCCGGCCUCGCAUCAGCGCGUCCCGGCCUCCCUCGAGCUGGUGGUCCACGCCCGCGACCUUGAUCUCGACUCUAGUCAGUGUGUGUGUAUGUGUGUGAGUGAUAUUGUGGUGACUGCGACACGUGCUCUCCCCCGCGGACCGCCGCUGCCCGGGCCUUGGCCGUGGCAAUGAGCUUCGGCUGCACGUCGAUCAAACCUCCUCAGGUGUGACCAAUAUCAACCGCCACCAUGGAGGAUGUGACUGCAGAUGUGGGCGAAAACAUCAAAGAAGCUACUGACAAGUCUUCUCAAGAUGCCGAAGCUAGUGCCAAGGUUAAUGGUGAUUUAAAUGGAUCAGUAAAUGAAGCCAUGGAUGUGGAUGCCCCUGUGGUUACUCCAGCUGAAGCCUCAGCUGUCAAGGACAACUCUGAGUCAUCUGAGGGUCAAGAGAAGCAGGAGCAGGAUCAGGAACAGGAAAAGGGAACUAGUAAUGACGAUGAACCUAUGGACGUAGACAAUAACAUUAGUGAUGUGCCUAGCGACCUCUCUGCAAAGAGUGAAGUGCAUGUUGAAAGUGAUGACCAUUCAGAUGGUCAGCCAAACUCUAGUGUAAAGAAUGGACCAAGUGCUGAUGAGAAAAAGCUUGAAGACAGUAUAGAAGAAAAAAGUGUGGAGGAUAGUGAGACGAAAUCAGAUCAAAGUGAUAUUAGGGAUGAAGUUAGUUUAGAAAAAGUAGAUAAUAAAGUAAGUGCUAAGGAUGAUCACUCAAAUGAUCCAAUUUCAAAGGAAAGUGCAUCUGUUAGUGAUAGUGAACAAGAUGGGAGUGAGGAACCAACCAGUAAAUCAUCAUUACAGAAUGGUGAAGCUGAUGAAGCAUUAGAUGAAAGUAUAGAGGGUGAAGAAGCCAAGGAUCUCUCCAAAGAUUCAAGGAAAGAGGAAGAAACACCUGAGAGAGGUGACAGUGAGAGGAAUGAAGGGGAAAGUGAAGAAUCACCUGAUGGUUCAUCACCCAGCAAAAAAGGCAAGGGUCGAAAAAAUCCUGCACCCUUAUCUCUUACACCACGAAGAAGUUCUCGCAAUUUAAAUAAGCAAAAGAGUUAUGCUGAAGACAAGGAGGAGACUCAAGAACGGGACGAUGGGUCAGAUAUUGAAGAAAUUGCUAUGGUUGACCCUCUUAGUGCAACUGGGGAUCAACAAAAUAAGGAAAAUAGCAAGGCCAGAGCAGCUAGUAGAAGUAGUACUACCAAUAAGACAAUUGUUGUAAAUGAUACAAAACAUUUGGUUGAGAUUGCAUCGGGUAGUAAACAGACAAAGGGUCAGAAAAAAGAACCAACCUUGGUCAUCAUAGAUACCAAUUCCAUAAUAUCAGGGCGAUCACCGAUUCCUGUUGGUACUAAUAAGAUUGCAAAUCGACCUGGUCUACAAAUUACUCCUGCUAAUCUGUCUAGCUCAUCAUCAUCCUCCUCUUCUGUACAGCAAAGCUUUUCUGUCCAUCCAGUUGGUGGCCACAGCCAGACUGUUUUCAAUACCAGCAUUACACCCAUGCAACGUAAAUCACCUGUACAGCCACCCCCAGAGAAGCAACCAGUGAUUCUGCCCUCUUUGACAGAUGACAUGUAUGUUGUGGAAGCUCCAUCAUUCAUUGUUCCAUAUGUGUAUGAGAAGCCACCUAUUAAACCAUUGAAGGACUUCAUUGAAGACCUUGGAGAGGCUCUCAAAAAACAAAAAUUGGAGGAGGAAGAAAAGGACAAAGAAGAAUCUGAGAAAAAAGAUGAGAAAGCAAAAGAAGAAGAUUCUAAUGAAGAAGAAUCAGCAAAGAAAGAUGGAGAUAAGGUUGAAACUAAAGAUAAAUCUGAUAGUGAUGAAAAGGGCAAAGAUGAGGAAAAAAUGGAUGUAGAUGACGAGAAAAAGUCCAGCAAGGAAGAAAAGGACGAAUCAAAGGAUAAAGAUGAUACAGCAUUACGAGAUAGUUCAAAAUCUGAUGAGAAGAAAGAUGAUGCUGCAAAGGAUCUGUCAAAAGGAGAUGCUGAUAAGGCAGAUGAUAAGAAACCACAAUCCUACUUUGACAAUCCCCUGGGCAAAUUCUUCAUGCAAAUUGGUACUAAUCUGGUUCAAGAACAUGUUCAAACAGAUCUUCUCAGAUCACAGAAGAAAAAAAGGGAUAGGGAAGGUGGUAAAGGUGGUGCUAGUACUCAAAUGGCAAUUAAUUCCCUACAACAGACCUUAGAAUACAGCAAAGAAAACAAUGCUCCUUUCCAUUUAGACCAGAAGAAGUGUGACUAUUGUAGUUUUAAAACUGAAUCUGCCCUAGUAAUGGCUCAUCAUAUGGAAACUCCUCACAUGAGAAACUAUAUUUACCGGUGCAAUUUCUGUGAUAAGGAAGUUCGAUCACCUCAUGACAUAUUAUUCCACAUGGAAGCUGAGCACAAUGUUAGGGGAAAGCUGGAACGUGGACCUGCAUUCCAUCAGUGUCCCAACUGUCCGUUUGAAGACAACCAGAAAGGAAAACUUACGAGACAUCUUGUGUCUUGUCAAAAGAAAUAUCGUCCAGACAAAAAUCAGGAACCACCAAUUGAUUGGGAGCCACCAGCGAAAAUACCCCGGGUAUCGCGCAGUAGACCUUUCCCAAUGGGUGGUCAAACUGUUGCAGGGAUGACAAUGCCACAGAAACCGGGUAUGGUUGGUCAACCACAUCCGUUACUACCGAAGCUACCAGCUGGAUCUACAAUUAUGGGUCAAACCACAUUAGGUCAGAUGGCCAACUCACUUGGCAGAGGACGCGGGCGUCCGCCAGUGACUGGUGGCCGUUUCCCUGAUCUUAAAGCAACUUCAGGAAUGCAGCAACAACAGAGGCUGCAAAAUCCUAUGUCCAGCAUGUUGUAUCGCUCCUCACCUUCAGGGUCCUCACAAGUACUUGUUCCCACUUCUUAUCAGAUUGCUGGCAAUCCGAUUUAUCAAGUGGUGGGAGGGCAGGUGAUGAAAGUUUUACCUCGACCAGGAGAAGGGGCUACUCCCUUACCAUUUGCCCUUGUGCCAAAUCCUACAGGCAGCAGUUCUCAGAACUCAAAGGGUCAAGCAAGCAAACUUCAACAGCAGCCCAGCAUUUCCAUUACACCCUUACCUCGCCAGUCCUCUGGCACACCACCCAAUGCCCACAGCACAGGCAUGCCUGCAGGAAGCAACAAGCCCGGCCAUCCAAGCAGUGGAGGAAAGGCAACCUUUGUCAUUUGUGAGAUUUGUGAUGGUUACAUAAAGGACUUGGAACAACUGAGAAACCAUAUGCAAUGGAUCCAUAAGGUUAAAAUUCAUCCGAAGAUGAUUUAUAAUCGUCCCCCACUCAACUGUCAAAAGUGUCAGUUCCGAUUCUUUACUGAUCAAGGACUGGAGCGUCAUCUUUUAGGCUCCCAUGGCCUUGUUACUUCUAGUAUGCAAGAAGCAGCAAAUAAGGGCAAAGAUGGGGGAAGAUGUCCAGUAUGUGGCAGGGUGUACCAAUGGAAAUUGCUUAAUCAUGUUGCUCGAGACCACAGCAUGACACUGAAGCCUGCCCACCUGUCUUAUAAAUGUACAGUAUGUACUGCCACUUUUGGCAUGUACAAGCAGUUUGAAAAUCAUGUCUACUCUGCUCAUUCAGUCGUGGCUAAAAGAGUAAUGGACAAAAAGCCUGGUGGCACAACGAGCACCUCAAGUCCCUCAGUCAGUCGGUCGCCCGCUCCAGCCCAGCAGGGCGACUCUCUACUCAUCAAGCCCCUGAAGAUCAACGAUGAGAUUACUAUAAUCCCUCAGCCCACACGCUCCGCACGGCCCUCGCCCGCAGGCCGCAGUGCGCCGCUACCUGCUCACAUGCAGGGGGGAAAGGCUGGCGAUGACAGGCAGCGGCGACCAGGGAGUGGAUCUGGAAGAGAUGAUGAUGGUGUCCAAAUAAUAGACCUAGAUGACUCUCCAUCCAAAGAUGCAUUGUCUGCUGUACAGGAAAGAUUACGACGCAGGACAAGCCUGGAAGUUAGUCAAGUGGAAACAACAGAAGAAGACAGUUCAACACCUCCAGCUAAAAAAACCCGCAGAGAGUGAUGAUGUCUUUUAUUAAUUUUGAAAAUUGACUGGUGAACUCACUCCGCUGUGAGUCAAGCGGUGUGACAUCAGUGUCAUCAGUGCAAAGCACAUGUCAGGCUGGGCUGUGCCUUUAAGGCCACCAUCAUGAACUAUUGUACAUCUGAGGAACUUUUUUAUUUUUUACUUAAUUUAAACUGACCCAUCAGUGAUGUAUAUGUGCAGUUUUAUUAAUAAAUAGGCCAUCCAAUCAAAGGUUAUGUCCCCUCCAGUUUUUUUUAAUGUAAUUAUUCAUCUUUUAGAAACUGAGUGUUUUGUGAAGAGAAAAGCAAUAGUGUGAUGGUGUUGGUUCGAGCUGCCAGCUACAGAUGCGAGUUUUGCAGCUGUACGGGGUACAAAAUGCAUGUUGUCACGUUACUCAAUGGACUGUACCAACAGCAUGUGAUUUAACUAGAUUUGAUAAAUGUACCCUGUUGCCUGGCUGGUACUUGUAUGUAUAGAAGUAGAAAUGUAAGGUGUAGAUUGUAUUUAAUGUACUAGAAUUUGGGGAAAAUAAAAGUGGUGAAUUCUCAUUACUUUUGGUUUCAUACUCAUAUUUAUAAUAGGUUUUUUAGCUCUGCAACAGGUCUUUUAAAGUGAUGAUGCAAGAAUGAACUAGUGUGUUAUAAAAUUUGAGAGAGAAUGGAAAGUUGAUUAAAUGAACUUAAUCAAGGAGACUGUCAGAUCAGCCUGCCUGUGUGCCUGACUGAGCUUUGCCGUGACAAUGGAUCAUGAAAGAGUGGCACUGCCAGCUAAAAGGACCACUUAACAGUGUAUACUUCUUUUUUUAAAAUUUUGUGUUAACAUUUUUUAUAUAAUUACUGUUCUUGGAAUUUGUGAGGAAUCAGCAAAUUGCAUCUGUGGUUGAUAGGAAAACAUCAUUGUAAUCUCAUUCUCAUAUUUUCCAUUUUUGGCUAGAAUGGUAUUGCUUGUUGCACAUUGUUUUGGAGUCGCGUCUGAGAGAAAGGCCUCACGUAAACUUUAUCUAUAUUCUUGGCACCUCCUUCGUGCCAACAAGCGUUUUUGCUUCUGAUGGUACCAAAGUUUUCGCGUGGUCCAAUACAGACACUAUUCCAAAAUGCACUUCUCUAUUAUAAAAAGUGUAAAAUAUAGUGAAAACUUGUACUUAUGAAAAUUAUAAGAAAAUUAGGUUUUUUAUGA